AUGAAAGAGGAAACAUAGAUAUUUAGGGUAAAAAAGUAAAUCCAUUACUUCGCCUGGCAUUGCUUUGCUCCCUAUGCAUUUUUAGGUUAUUUCAUGACAAUCCCAAGUGCAGCAGAACCAUCCUGGCUAAAGAUCAAUCAAACUAAACAUAAAUACAAAAUCGAUUUCAAUUGGAUGAAUGUUGCAUUUCUGAUAGGUUAUUUGCUUGCAAGUGGCAUUGAGAUGAAAGGCAAUUUGAGACAGAUAAUGAUUAAAUGUGAGACAAUGCUUAUCGUGGCUCUGGUGUUGCAAUGGUUUCUCCCCUUUAGAGAAGGCACCCUGAUAGUGAGAGUAUUUAUGGGAGCCUUAAUCAAUCUGGACAUAAAGUACAGCAAUGUCUAUUUUAAAACUAUGAUGAAGCCUAUUGAAGUUUAUAUUAAGAAAAAAUUUCCAGAAUAAUUAAAUGUAAAAAACCUAGGUCAGUUUUUAUGUCAGUAUCAAUAUAUGGCUUUUGGAAUUGGAUGGACAAUUUAAGGACUCAUGGCUUACAGUUAUCCCAAAAUCGAGAUGCUUAACAAGUUGAAGAUUUAUGAUGAUUGUGUUCUGUGGAAUUUGUUAAUCUCUUUGCCAACAGUCUUUUUGGCAAUUAGAUUGAUCAAUUUGCAUCUUUCAUUUAAUUAUGAUGAUCUGAAGACUUGUACUCCGAAUGAGGCUGAGUACUUCUUGGCCAAUAUGUUCAAGAAAGCCAAUGUAGAAGAAGUCAUAGACAUGUACCACGAAAAACGGCUUGUUGAUAAUGACGAGUACGAAUUAGAUGAAUAAAAGACUCUCAAAAUCAUUUAGAUCAUCAUGUAUUCAAGCAGCACCAUGAUGUUGGUGUUCUUUAUUAAUCGUUUGAAUGUUGAUUCCAAUGGUGUUAUCUAUUAAUCUAUGCCUUUUCAUUACUUCAUUUUUGGAUUGACAAUGGUUUUGGCAAACUACUUGCCUUGUAGAUUAUUUUACAAGGUUCCAUAAUUGUUACUGUACAGAUUAAGCUUGUUCAUGAGCAUUAUUAUCAACUUGGCAUUGGUGAUAAGCAUUUAAAUUUAAUCCUAUUAUUUCAUUUUGAUCUCUUGCAUCUUGACAAUAUUUAGUAAUGGGGUGGGUUUAUUCUCAUUCACCAGUAGCUAUAAUUAUUACGUUGAUGAUUUCAUGCCAAUCCAACUGAGUUAAGGCUUGAGUUUAGCAGUGUUGGUUGGACUGCAAUUUUUUAUUCGAGAGUAAGUGUUUGGAUUAAGUCUAAUGAUAAUUACUAUAUUAGGAAUAUUCAUAUGGAGAAGAGUGUAAAACUUAAUUGAAUAGGACGAAGAAGAUGAAGAUAAUGCUAAAUUGAUUAUGUGA